ACAAAGCAAGAGGGGUCUGAAACGUUGCUUGUGCCAGUGACUGUAUUUCUUCUCCAGCCCACGAUUUAUCAACAACGUGAGAGCUGUAGAAAACUGGAUAAACUUUUAGUUGUAUUUACACCAAGUGUAUGUGAAUUCGGUACUUCUGUGCUAGUGAUUAUUGAACAAGUUUCAAUACGCGAUGGAAAGUGAUUGUGAUAACACAACGACGGCCGAAGUGUGUUUCGAUAAUGCGGUAACUCAGCUGCACUUGUUGUGUAGGAUGUGCACAUUGUGUUGAUAUCUGAUUUCUGACUGCUCACAUAGUGAUGUCAGGUAGCUCACGUUUUUCUCAUCAUCAAUGUAGAAAUGAUCUUAUAAACAUCAAGUUUUGCUACAACUCUUUGUCUGAAAACAACGCGCCUAAUAGAAUCUAGAUAUAGUUCUUACUAUUAAAACACACAGCUACAUUACAAUGGCUCUACGUGUUUGUUGCGUAACUCGCAACCACCAGAUGCACAGUAAGCACAUACUUGUUAUAUCACUGCUCAUAUUUUUAUCUGUAUUUAACUUCACUCAUUCGUCCGAGUCGGUUCGGACGUGUGAGCCUAUCCGGUCCAUCAUCUGCCAGGGCUUAGGUUACAAUGUUACGGGUAUGCCCAACUUAGUCGACCACAACCACCAAGAGGAUGCGAUACUGUUGCUCCAGACUUUCACGCCGUUGAUUCAGUACGGCUGUUCGAGCCGUUUGAGGUUCUUCUUGUGUUCCGUCUACGUCCCCAUGUGCACGGAGAAAGUCCUGCACACCAUCGGCCCCUGCAGGCCGUUAUGUGAGAGCGUCCGCGACCGUUGUCAGCCGGUUCUUCAUGAAUUCGGGUAUCCUUGGCCUGACGCUUUGAACUGCUCAAAGUUUCCUGUUGAAAACAACCACGAACACAUGUGCAUGGAGGGACCUAAUGACGAACAAGACACCCACACAGUUCCACCCUACCGUCGGCCCAAUCGCCCGGAACCAACCACCGAGCCAUUUCCAAAACCGCCUUCUAUUGCGGGAAAUCCAUCAUCGAAUAGCGGCAACACUAAACCCUUUGAUAAUCCUAAACAGAACUACAAGCCUUGUGUACAUCUAGGGUACAGAAACCCCACGAAGUAUACCUACAUCAACAGAACGGACCGCUGCGCUCUUCUCUGCAAGGAGAACGACGCAUUCACAGAUGACAACAAAUACUUCGCCAAUGUGUGGAUGGCCGUUUGGGCCGGUCUUUGCUUCCUCUCCACUCUCUUCACUAUUCUAACGUUUCUCAUUGAUUCCCAGCGAUUCCGGUACCCGGAGCGUCCGAUCAUUCUGAUGGCAAUGUGCUACAACAUUUACAGCAUCGCGUACAUCGUUCGCCUCAUCGCAGGCCGGGACGACAUCGCUUGCGACAACGAAAGCCAAAGCAGCCAAAGCAUUCUCAUCCAAGAGGGUCUUGAGAACACAGACUGUGCUAUUGUUUUCUUGUUGCUGUACUUCUUCGGCACUGCCAGCGCUCUGUGGUGGGUAGUACUCACCUUCACGUGGUUCCUGGCGGCGGGGCUUAAAUGGAGCCACGAGGCCAUUCAAGUACACAGCAGUUAUUUCCAUCUUGCUGCUUGGGCCCUUCCCGCCAUCCAAACAAUCGUCAUACUGGUCAUGAGAGACGUCGACGCCGAUGAACUCACCGGAAUUUGCUACGUCGGCAACCAAAACACCACCACUCUCAUGGGAUUCGCCAUAGCGCCCCUUCUCGUCUACCUCGUAGUCGGGGUGUCUUUCCUAGUCGCCGGUUUUAUUUCCCUUUUCCGUUCCGUCAAGAAAUCCACCCGCUCCUCGGACAAAACCACGGCCAGUAACAGCAGUGCGACCCCCGGGAGAGAGGACAAGAUCGAGGCUUUGAUGGUGAGGAUCGGGAUUUUUUCAGUAUUGUACACAGUGCCGGCCGCGUGUGUGAUAGGCUGUCUACUGUACGAGUAUUCGUCCAGGGAGGACUGGUAUUCCAUCCGAUCGAAAUCCUCGCCCAACAUUGAAAUCUACAUGCUCAAACUGUUCAUGUCACUGGUGGUCGGCAUCACCAGCGGCAUCUGGGUCUGGUCCACCAAGACCCUGGGCUCGUGGAGGACUCAGAUCAAAAAAGUGUUCGGUCCUAGAAGAGACAGGAAAAGUAUUGAGUACACUGUACCGGUGCAUCAGUACCACCAGGUGCCCGCCAAGGCCGGAAGUGCGUCUUCAUCCAGGGCUAUCAGGUCAGAGAAAUCAAAACGAGGGAAAUCAGACAGUGAAACUAUUGUGUAAAAUAUUUAACGUUGUAAGUUUGUGAUGUCUUUUUUUUAUUUUUGUAGAUAAUGUAUUUAAUGUAUUUUUUUCACAACUAUUCAGGGAACUCGUUGUACAGAUGGCUUGAUAUUUAAAUAGUAGAAACAGAAAACCCCAACUCGCUGAUAUUUAGUGGGUUUUUGUAUUCUAAAAUUAAACGUAGGUCUAAAAUUAGUUGUGUUCAGAAGCGGCAGGUCGUAGCCUCCUACUUUUAAACCCAUAAAAAUUACACCACUGCAGAAUCGGCCCGAGACGCGUAAUGGCACGUAAUACCCGUAGCGUCUAACACACCGGGUAUUGUACGCAUUGUUCGUGUGUUCCCCCAGACAUUCAGCCAGGAAAGAUAAUCGUGUUUUAUGGCUUACCUCCGUGUUGUUAUUGGACCACCUUUUGCACUCCCUGACACACUUAGGUAAAACCGCUUUUUUUCCUCCCUCUCUUCUUCAUGCUACUAAAUCGACCGGGUUUUAAUUCUUUUUUGUUUUAAAUCGGUAAACUGUAUUAAACAUUUGGCGUGACUGUAAGCUAUUGAACAUAAUUUCACCCAACACACCUGUCUCCCCUUUCCUCCCACCACCCGCCCUCCUUCUCCGUAAACUAACUCACCUCGUAAAGAUUUCCCCUCCGUUGCUAUUCGACCUCUCCCAUCGCCUUAUUAUCUCCCAUCUAUAAAACAACACAAAGCCAAACUGCUCUCUCGCCCCUUACUAGGUCGGCCCCGUCUGGCAUGUUUAUUUUGGAAGAUCGUCAAGGCGAGCGAUUCAUCAAACUCCUAAGGCAUAAUGUUAUCAGGCGGCAGACUUUUUGCCUUCUCGUAUUUCCUCUCCUAGAUCUAGAUAUAAACCCAUGUGGCUGGCUUUUUAUAGGGAGUAUAAAUACAUUAUCAGACACUUCUUAAACUACUGUAGUUCUUAACGAGAACAGUUCUGGUAAUGAAUGGGUUAUUAGUCUUAAGUUUACUUUUAAGUGGAGAAACCAUCCCCCCCCCCCAUUCCCUCCACCCCCAACCUUAUACAUAAAUCAUUAUUCAGAUUUCAUUUCUACAGAUUUCAUUGCUUAAGAAUUAGCUACACUCAGCGUACUAGGGGCAGCUGUUUAUCUCUGUUAAUCCAAUCCAACCUCACCUCCCUCGGUCCUGAUGCUUGUUAAGAAUUGCCAUGAUUUUAUUGCCCAGUGGGAAAUAGUGUUACGGCUUAUGACUAGUUGUACUAAUUACUAUUGAUCCCCAUCCCGGGUUAUUUGUGGUAGCACUCGGUGGUGAAAUCGCUGCAGCUAGGUUGGUGAUCUUUGUUGACGUAAUCGUCCCGUAAUGGUAUACGUUGUUGUUGAGUCACCUGAUCUACCGUAGUACACAACACUUCAGGAAACAACCAUCAUAGUAUUGAAUGACGGUAUCUAAAAACAUAGAUAAGUUAUAUUAAGUUUAGUGCAUACGAAAUUUCAUUCUUAAAUUUAAACUGAAACAGUUUACGUUUUUUUAAUGCGUUAAGUUUAAAAUAAAAAAAUAAAAGGAAACAUAGGGAGGGGUGGGGUUCUUUUUUUAGCAUUACAAAUCCAGUUAAGAAUUCGUAUAGCAAGCCAGGCAUGUACGCUGGUGAACUGAGUUAUCAUAAAUCACCCGUCUGUCAGAGAGGGCAGAAGAGAGAUUCGUUACCCAGAAUGCUUUCUGUUUUUUUACCCCCCUCCUCUCUCCCUGCAACAAUCACAAACUAUCUACUGUGUUCGCGAUAAGAAUGUCAAACUCUUGUGCCUUCUGGGUUUUAAGGCUGACUUUUAUUCCCGAGUCUUGCUUGAUUUCAGGUCUUUUUACCCGUUUUCUUAUUUUGCUUUCGCAAGAUAGACAUGCUCUUUAUAUGUGUUGGACACCGUACACACUCCAAGACA